AUGGCUUUCACCGUCCCUACUGGAAGUCUAACUGCUUGUCACCCCGAGGAGGAGGAGCUGGAGGAGGAAGAGCUAGACAUCGACCUCCCAGAAGGAGCGAUCAUGGGCGAGCCUCUGAGUGACAGCCCGCUUUGGGAGACAGUGCUUGUUGGCAAAAUCAGGGCCAUGUCAGUCAUGGAGAAGAGCCUGGUGUUGGAGGCUGUCCAUCAAUGCCUCCAGGAGCAAAACCAGUGCAUCCUGGAGGAGGAGGUGUCAGAUGCCGGCAUCCGGGAGCUCCUGGCGUCCUUGAACCUGGACCUCCAGCAACCUUUGGAGAAAACCUUCCUCUUCCACCUCUAUGGGCUGAUCCUCAGAGAGUGCUCCAGCGUGGACCUCGUGAAGAAGCACCUGGCCAGCCUCCUAGAGCUGUCCCACGAGUCCUCCAGCCAGCGGGCGGGCAUUGCGCUAGCUAUCGGCAUCACGGCCGCUUUGCACAUGGAGGUGGUGUGGGCCAUGCUGGAGCACUUGGGCCGCACCAGGUUCCUGAGGUCCUCCCACACAGCCCCAGACAGCCAGGUAGAACAGCAGCCGGACCCCAACAUGCACUGGAAAUGGGUCAGCAGCACCUCCCUGCUCUGCUACGGGCAGAUGGCCGUGCACGCUCGGGAGCAGAUCCUGCCCUGGGUGGACAACAUCGCCUCCAGGAUGGUGUAUUACUACUCGUGCAGCAGCUACGACAACACCUUGAAGACGAGCUUCCUUUCGGCAGCAUUCAUGCUCAUGAAAGCUCUCAAGGGGGAGAGCAGAGCCCAGAGCUACAAGUUUACUCAGAUACCAGAGCUGAUCCAUUGUCUACUGUGCACCCUUCAGAAGGAGCCCAACUGCCUAGCCAACCUCUUCCGGCAGAAGACCAUACUGGUCAUCGCGGGACUCAGCAGCCUGCGGCCCAGUCUCAAGCUCAUGGUCAAGUCCAGGAUCCUGAAUACCUGCUUGCAGAGCCUGUACCAGCUCCCACCUACAGAGACACUGAAGAGAUGCUUAUCUCCACUGGAGUCAAACCCAGACGUCAUGGUGCUGUACCAGAAGUCUAUGCAGGCACUUAAUCUGCUCCUCCAGACCUUCAUCUCUCAGAACAAGAGCAUGGAUGAGGUCUGCUUCAUCUUGCAGCACACAGAACCCUGGCUGAAGUCAGACAAGAGCCAUGAGCGCAAGAGGGUGGUGCAGUCCAUCUUCCUGUUUCUGAAGUGUGUGGUGGACUACAUGAGACUCACUGAGGAGGCCACACCCUCCGUGCUGGGCCAUCAGCUGGGCCUGCUGAUGCUGCUGUGGCAGGACGAGGACGAGGGCACCAGGAGCCGCUCCCGCCAGUGUGUCUGCCUCCUCCUGCAGCUUCUCACCCAGCGGAAGGGGAGCAUGAUGGAGUUCAUAUAUCUGAAUAAAAUGAAGAAUUUUGAAGAGAGGGCCCACAGAGAAUCAGAUACGAAAUUCUACCAUUUGGUGCAGGCCUUGGAUGAGAACCUGACCGUGGCCCAGCACACGAAGCUCAUCCUCACGCUCCUGCAUGGGCUCUGUAACCAUAACCACCUGUACUGCGAACUGGCCUCUCACCUCCUCCUGAUGGUCUUCGAGGACCACAGCAUCAAGCCAGAGCAGGUGGCCGAGGUCCUGCAGGGCUUGUUCUGGGAGAUGCCUGGCAUCAUCUUCAAGAAUACCCUACAGACUGUGAUGAAGGCCGUGACCGUGCUGGGGACCCAGCACACGCAGGAGACAGUCGACGUGAUGCUGUCCCUGUGCCACCCCUCAGAGAGGCAGGUGGCACCCCUGUGGAAGGCCCUGGCCACCAACAACCAGCUGGCCCGCAAGGUCGUUACCCUGCUCUACAUAAAGCUGAAGCUGCGGCCGCCCCAGCUGCUGGUCAGGCUGUCGGAGCAGGCAGAGCUUGUUUCCAUGCUGGCCCUGGGCACUAUUUAUGAACUCCUCUACAUCCAAGAGUAUAAGGCCAUAGUGCACUGGGCCUUUGCGGGGAUUCUCCUGGGCCUGCUCACACAGCUGCACUACCUGUUUGAGCUGGGUGUGGUUGAGGACAUCAUAGACUCCCAGGAGGACAUCCUGGAGAUGAAGCCCCUUGGCCCCUGCAGCACAUGCCUAGAGGCCCUAAAGGGUCUCUUCUGGACCACCAACCACUGGGAGGUGUUUGCCUACCUCAAGCUGCUGAGAGGCUGGGAGCUCUUUGAGCACCUGGAAACCUACACAGAGGGGGUGACCCUGUUGGCCAGGGCCAUGGCCCACUAUGACUGUGAGGUCAAGGCUGUUUUGGGACAGGCGGUCAUCUCCCUGAAGAGCUCUGAGGAACGAGACAACAUCGUGGCCAUCCUCCUCAUCACAGAGUUUCUCAACAGUCAAGAGCUCACCCAGUACAUGUCUCGGAAAACCAUGGACAACUUACUGAGCCUGGGCCUGAACAACCCCAACAAGCUGGUGCGGGCCGCGAGCCUGACAGGGCUCAGCAGUGUCCUGAUGCAGCCUAAGAAGGUGGCCCUGCUGCGGAGCCGGCUGGCCGCGCUCCUGGACAGCUUCCUGCAGCCCGAGCCGGAGCACCUCCUGGGCCUGAUGGAGGUCGCAGGCGACGUCCUGCACCGCCUGGGCCCGCGCGGCGGCGCCUCCAGCCUCAGGAUCGCCCAGCACCUGCGGCUGCUGUUCGAGGCCGAGCAGGAAGAUGUGCGCGGAGGAGCCAUCCUCCUGUACGGAGAUGUCAUCUACAGCGGUGGCAGGAAGUAUCAGCAGGCGCUCAAGAACCAUGCCUUCCAGUCCCUGGUGCCGUUGCUCUUCCACCUGACUGACUCCUGUCCCGAAGUGGUCAUGGACAGCCACACAGUCUUCACCACAGCCCAAGGACAGACACUGCUGGUGGCCCCUUUUUACAAAAGUGGCGGCGAGGCUGCUGUCAGCCUGAGGCCCCCAGAGAAAUUGCAGAGGAGAGAAGCCAGGGAGAAGGGGCCAAUCCUGGAGAAGGCCACAGCCAUUGGAGGGGUUGGUGAGGGGAGCAGGGACAACCAGGAGAAGAGGCAGCCCGGCUGGUGUGACUGGCUGUGGUGUCAGGUGCUGGGGGUGUGA